AUGGCAACACCAGACGCGACAGACACGACUUCUCACUCCGACAAGGUCGACGGUCAAGACCUGAGUACAGAUGACCUGCCGACAGCGUCGCCGCCGCAGAUCGCCGCAACAUCAGCUCACUGGCAGAACACACUCGAGGAACUGCUGCGUUUUCCAGGCAUGGACCCGCACAUGAGGCUGUUUCGCCCUGGCAACCCCGUCGGCGAGAUCACCUUUGCGCUUGGUAUCACGGACUCGGAUUACACAAUCAUUGAGAAUGACUGGGUCGCAAUUGCGGAUCGAGUCUUUGAAAUACAGACGUGCUGCCUGAUGCUCGCCAAGCAGGUCGAUUUUGACAUCGCUGCGGACGGUUGGAUUACAUGGGAUGUCACUUCCGAGUGGUGCGAUCGCGUCCUACAAGAGCUUCAGAGCAAAGGCUUUCGUACCACUUGUACAGCCUUGGUUCCUUUCGUGUUGAGGGUUUAUUUACGGAGCAAGUCUUGGAUCAGAAAUCGGCAACCCAGAGGCCGCCAGCGACAUAAACAAAUCAUGGAAACACUGGAGCCUGAUGAGUGUGCUGUGAUUAAGCAGUGCUCGAUGGUGGCCAAGGGUUUCUCAAGUGUCAUCAGGCAGACGAGGCAAGAACGGAUCGAAAGGGCACAAGAACACAACUUACAAAGCGAUGUUCUGUCUGGCAGCGGCGACAGUCUCUAA